CAGGCGCGAAGAAGGCUCCUUAGGCGGCUGGGACGGUUCCAGGGUUCCUGACCAUCUCAGAAAGGGGUGAACCUGCCGCAGGGCUGCCGUGUGAGGGGGUGGGUGGAAAUUGCUGGGCAGGCCUCUGCAGUUCCCAAAGGCCAUUCUGGAUGUUUUUUUAAUUUCUCUUUAGUUCUACACCUUGCUUUCUGAAUCUCUGUGAAAUGUAUUGAGCAGGACUCGCUUACAGACGUGUACGUUUGAGAGAAAACAAGCCUGACCUUGUUUUUCACGGGCCAAGUGUGUCAAAUUCGGUAAUAAACAGAAAGUUGGUUUAGGAAGUUGUUGCCUUAGAUUAACAAGUAUGGUUAUCCUAAUCCGAUGUUUUCUUGUUUUUGAAGUAGUAAAAGAUAAAACCAGGCACACCCUCCUUCCCUCUAUGCUAAUACUCAAAACGGUUAUGAAGCCGCAUUACUUGCCUAUGCUUUAGCGUUUAAGCUUUUUCCCGUAAUGGCAAACUAAAAACGUUUAUUUCGCAUUUGAUUUCAGGCUUCUAUUUUUUCAUGAUACUUUGAUUAGAAGGUUGAAAAGACUUCUCUGCCACUUUACUGAGUUCGAGAGCAAGAGCACUUAAAGUGUUACCUAAGUUUGUGAAGGAAUCGUACUUUUUAAACUUCAUAGUUCUUUAUAUGUUAACACAGAACAUUUGUUCCUUUUAAAGGGUCACCUGUUAAUCUUGUUGGAUCUUCAGGCUAGGUCUUAACAGAAAAGAGGAAAAGGAUCAAUGAAUAAGUAAAGGAAAAUUAAUUUUAUAAAAGCUGUCUUACAACUGUAGGGAGAAUAUAAGCAGAAUUAAUGGACCACUGGCAAAAGACUAGCAUGCACCAGAAGUGAGUGGGCAAAGGGGCAGACUUCAAGAUGGAGUGUCCAUGGGCUACCCCUCAAAAUACGAUAUCUUGUUCCUUGGCUGAUGUAAUGAGUGAAGAAUUGGCCAAAGAGUUACAAUUAGAAGAAGAAGCUGCUGCUUUUCCUGAAGUUGGUAGUGCUGCUGAAGGACCAUUUAUUAUUGGAGAAAAUAUUGACACUUCCAGCGACCUAAUGCUGGCUCAGAUGCUACAAAUGGAAUUUGACAGAGAAUAUGAUGCACAGCUUAGGCGUGAAGAAAAAAAAUUCAAUGGAGACAGCAAAGUUUCCAUUUCCUUUGAAAAUUAUCGAAAAGUGCAUCCUUAUGAAGACAGUGAUAGCUCUGAAGAUGAGGUUGACUGGCAAGAUACUCGUGAUGAUCCCUACAUACCAGCAAAACCAGUUCCUACUCCCAAAAAGGGUUUUACUGGAAAAGGAAAAGACAUCACCACCAAACAUGAUGAAGUAGUAUGUGGGAGAAAGAAUACAGCAAGAAUGGAAAAUUUUGCGCCUGAGUUUCAGGUAGGAGAUGGAAUUGGAAUGGAUUUAAAACUAUCAAACCAUGUUUUCAAUGCUUUAAAACAACAUGCCUACUCAGAAGAACGUCGAAGUGCCCGCCUCCAUGAGAAAAAGGAACAUUCUACUGCAGAAAAAGCAGUUGAUCCUAAAACACGUUUACUUAUGUAUAAAAUGGUCAACUCUGGAAUGUUGGAGACAAUCACUGGCUGUAUUAGCACAGGAAAGGAAUCUGUUGUCUUUCAUGCAUAUGGAGGGAGCAUGGAGGAUGAAAAGGAAGAUAGUAAAGUUGUACCUACAGAAUGUGCCAUCAAGGUAUUUAAAACAACCCUUAAUGAGUUUAAGAAUCGUGACAAAUAUAUUAAAGAUGAUUUCAGGUUUAAAGAUCGCUUCAGUAAACUAAAUCCACGUAAGAUCAUCCGCAUGUGGGCAGAAAAAGAAAUGCACAAUCUCAUAAGAAUGCAGAGAGCUGGGAUUCCUUGUCCAACAGUUGUAAUGCUCAAGAAACACAUUUUAGUUAUGUCUUUUAUUGGCCAUGAUCAAGUUCCCGCUCCUAAAUUAAAAGAAGUAAAGCUCAGUAGUGAAGAAAUGAAAGAAGCCUACUAUCAAACUCUUCAUAUGAUGCAGCAGUUAUAUAAUGAAUGCACACUUGUCCAUGCUGACCUCAGUGAGUAUAACAUGCUGUGGCAUGCUGGAAAGGUCUGGUUGAUUGAUGUCAGUCAGUCUGUGGAACCAACCCAUCCUCACGGCCUGGAGUUCUUGUUCCGUGACUGUAGGAAUGUCUCACAGUUUUUCCAGAAGGGAGGAGUAAAGGAAGCCCUUAAUGAACGAGAACUCUUCAAUGCUGUUUCAGGCUUAAACAUCUCAGCGGAUAAUGAAGCUGAUUUCUUAGCUGAGAUAGAAGCUUUAGAGAAGAUGAACGAAGAUCAUGUUCAGAAGAAUGGAAGGAAGGCUGCUUCAUUUUUGAAAGAUGAUGGAGGUCCACCAGUACUACAUAAUGAAUAACACCAGUACCCGCUGCCUUUAAUUGUUAACACAGUGGUGAUUGUCAGCUGCCAAUGGCGAUGAAGUUAUGGGUGACUCGAAAUACCAAAAAAGGAAACAUGAGGAGUGUACAAUGACUAUGACCAUGAUUCUAAAGGAAAAUUUCUUCUCUUUAGUGGGUGUUAUAAAUGGAAAUUUGGUUUCACAAUGGCUGAUGGAAAUAGACAUAAGCAAUAUACUUUUUAUUGGAACAUCAUGAAAACGAACUGAAGGCUACUUUUUCCAUACUUACAUCCAAGAAAAGGCAUCGUAAGUUUCUGAAAAAGAUAAAUAUAGAAGAACAUAUUAACUAUCAAAAACAAAUUUUUUUUUAAAUUUAACUUUCACCUUUUCUACAUUUAGGUAAAAUGAUUAGGAUAUAACUCAUGGUGUAGCUGCUUUACAUUUAUAAUGAAAAUACGAAUUAUUUGGAAGGACAGAAUAUAAGACUUAACCGUGUUUGACACAUUUUAAUGAAGUUAAUGAAACAGAGUUCAGUUUACAUUUCACUCAAACUAUGUACUUACUGAUUUUGAGAGAAACAUGGCAAGCAAAUUAGAAAUAUUAAAUAAUCAAAUGGGGAAAAUUAUAUUUAAAGCAACUCGGGUGCCAGAUUAACCAACUAAUUUGAAUUAUCUGACCUUUUAAUAGCUUCUGGUACUGACUGGACUCCGCUUCUAAGAAAAAAGCAAGCGCUGUUCUUUUCUCCUUGGUUUGUUAGGUGGAAGUUUAUAAACUACAAUAUAAUGAUUCCUCAUGUUACCACUAAAGACCCAGCCUUUCUGUCUGAUAGUAGUAAAAAAACCUAAACAUCUUAACAUUUUAAAAUGCCAAAUAUGUUCUUUCUAGAAAAAUAUUUAUUUUUGUUUCUGUUGUAUAGUUUUUAACUGCAUUUCAGAGAAGCAUGAUUGGGGUAGAUAUUCAUUACAUUUCUGAAAUGUUUACUACUCUGAAACAAAGAUGAAGUGGCUGGAGAUUAUUGACAGAAAUUUUCAGAGAGCUAUCCAAUUUUUAAAACCUUUACCAUUUAAAUUUUGUUUUGUUUUCUAACAUAUUCUGUUUGACAAAGAGCAGCAAACCAUUGCUGUGUGGCAUUCUUGGAGUGUGCUGUGGACAUGCUUUUAAAAAAAUUAAAAA